AUGUUCCGAGGAUGGCUUCCGGCUCGCGCGGGCCGCGCGGGCCAUGCGGAGACCAGCUUGAAGUCAUCUUCUAUUUCAAACGGCCACUCUUCACAAUUCCCACGUCCUCAGGUGCUCGCUCUUGAAGCCGACAUGGCGGCAAACCAUACGAUGGGUGAAACAGACCCCAAAGCUGUGAACUAUGAGAGAGGUGACUCCAUUAGUUACUCACGUAAGUUGAAGCUCAAGCUGAACACCAUUGUUGUUGAUAUAGAUCUACCGAAUGCCCUUGCCACCACAAUAGAGCCCGAGAAUACCGCGUUCUCAGUGGCUUCGCCUUCUGCCGAUCUAGAAGCCAAAGAGGAAACACUGAAUUUUGGCGAGCCCAAGUCAUUGAUUCACGAAGUCAUAUUUGUGACCGUCGUCUGCGCCGCACAGCUCAUGACUCAAGCCGGGCUUUCACUCUCAAUCGCACCGCUCCAUAUAAUUAGUGCUAGCUUCAACAGCACUCCGAAGGACUUGACGUGGGCCUCUGCCGCGUACAGCCUUACAGUCGGAACAUUUAUCUUCGUAUCAGGGAGACUGGGCGAUGUGUAUGGACACCGAUUGUUGUUUAUAAUAGGCUUCCUGUGGUUUGGGUUAUGGUCUAUCCUGGGAGGGUUCUCCGUAUGGUCAAACCCGAUCUUCUUUGACUGUUGCCGUGCCUUCCAGGGAAUUGGACCUGCUCUUCUUCUACCGAACAGUGUUGCCAUUCUAGGCAGGUCCUAUCCACCCGGACGUCGGAAAGGAAUGGUAUUUUGCCUCUUCGGGGCGGUAGCACCGGGAGGAUUCACCUUGGGCGCGGUUUUUUCUUCCUUGCUCGCUGAACGACUAUGGUGGCCUUGGGCAUACUGGAUCAUGGGCAUUGCAUGUUUCAUCUUUGCAGUACUUGGAUUCCUCGUAAUCCCGUAUGCACGGCAAGAGAAACCGCAUCCCGAACUCUCGAGGCUUGAAAGGUUGGACGUUCGAGGUGCUAUUACUGGAGUCAGUGGACUGAUAUUGAUCAACUUCUCAUGGAACCAAGCUGCAGUCGUGGGAUGGGAGGUUCCUUACACUUAUGUCUUGCUCAUUGUUGGGAUCAUGAUUAUGGGCGUCUUCCUGCUUCUCGAGCGCAAAGCAGCCUAUCCUUUGUUACCGCGGUCUGUAUUCAAAGGUGAGACCGGAUGGGUGCUCGGUUGCCUUGCAGCGGGAUGGUCAAGUUUCGGUAUCUUGGUGUUCUACUACUACAAUAUUCUCGAGAAUUUGGAGGGAAAUACUGGGUUGCUAGUAACCGCCAAGUGGGCUGGUGCUUCUGUGUCUGGAGCGUGUGCUGCUGUGGUGACUGGCUUGCUCCUCGGUCGAGUUCCUGCAAGCAUCAUCAUGUUCAUCGCGAUGCUGGCAUUCUCUGCGGGCCAGGCACUACUGGCAUCGAUGCCAAUAGGCCAGACCUAUUGGGCCAACGCUUUCGUGAUCAUGUUGGUCACGCCAUGGGGGAUGGAUAUGUCCUUUCCAUCCGGAAUCCUGAUUUUGAGUGAUGCGAUGCCUCAGAAAGAUCAAGGUGCAGCCGGUUCACUCGUGAAUACGGUCGUGAAUUAUUCAAUCUCGAUGGGCCUCGGUUUUGCCGGUACUGUCGAGAGAUACGUGAAUAACGACGGGAAGGACGUCCUCGAGGGAUACCGUGGAGCGACAUACAUGGGUGUUGGCCUUGCAGGCCUCGGUUCGGUGAUUGCAACUUGUUUCAUGAUUGUGACCUGGAAGGCGUCAAGAGAUAAAUCUUAG